CACUGCUCCAGGCAGACAUGGAGGAUGGUGCUGGUGCAGUGGGGGAAGGGCAGGAGAAGCUGUUGGGCCACUGUGUCCCUGAGGCAGAGUUUGGAGGUGGCUCCUGACAGGCCACCUAUCAAGGUCACCGUGACAACAACUGACCACCAAGAGCAGAGACAGGGGCAUGGAGGAGCAGGGCCCGACACGGCCUCGGGUCACCAUCUUCCCACCUCCCCAGAGCCAGCAGGCCAGCAGGCCCCGAGCAGCCCUGCAGAUUGGGACCUUGACUUGGACUACCCCCUGCCCACCUCCAGCAGCCACACCAAUGCCCAUGAGCUGCAACUCCUGGAGGAGCAGGUAAAAAACUUUGAGAAGGCUAAAAAGAAAACCCAUCGUCUCUACAAACAACUACGGCAGCAGUUUUUGAGAGAACAGGAGAGAAGGAUGGAGAGGAGGAAGAAGACAGCCGAACAGUUUAAAAAAUCCCUGGAAGUGUUUGAUCGCAGGAGUGGGAAGGUGCCGGUGCCACCUCCCGUUUGCCGGCGGAGGGAGCGAAGCGAAGCCCUCGGAGCUGGCAGGAGCUGCCGCCAAAGGAGCGCCCAAGGGAGGCGAACACAGAGCUCCUCCUGCGGGCCGGGCCCGGCUCCAGCACGCAGCAGCUUCAGCCAGUCCAAUUUUGCAGCAAUAAAGCAGCACAACCCCUCUGGUGUUGCUGCCCUUCUGAACCGAUGGAACAGGCUGCAGGAGUGA